AAUAAAUGGUUAGAGUUAUGUUCUACAAUUGAGAACAUGAUUUUUUUUUUUUUUUAAAUGUCAUAUGAAAUUACGUACUUUUUUUUUUCAACUUGUCAUAUAAAUCAUCAUUAAAAUACAAUAACAGACAUGAAACUGGUCAAAGUUGGGCUACAGUUUUCUCAAUAAAUACAAAAAAGGAAAUUGCUUCAUAAUUCGUAAAGCAUUUAUACAAAUUUGUUUUCUAAAAUUUGAUAGUAACAUUUAUACAAAUUAAACUAUGGGAGGAAUAGCAAUAACGCGUACUCAGUGACAUCAUUGACCAAUGCAAAAAAUUUUAAAAGGCCGCUACGCAGUGUAAUCUUGGGAAAGACUUGACUUUAGGUAUUUGAAAGUCAAGCUGCUCUUCUACAGGCUGCAAUGGGUACCAGCAACUCCACCCAUCGAGCCGGCGUUCAAAGGGCUGCAAAGGGUAUUAACAACUUUGCCCAUCGAGCCGCUGCCUCCUCUUCGUCUCCCUCGAGGCGCUCAAACAGCUGGAAGUACGAGGUGUUCCUGAGCUUUAGAGGCGACGACACACGCAAUACCUUCACAGACCACCUCUCCAUUGCGUUACGCAAUGCCGGAAUCAACACGUUUAUAGACUACCAGCUCAGAAUGGGAAAAAAUAUACAGAGUGAACUUUACCGACAAAUCGAAGAGUCGAGGAUCGCCGUCAUCAUCUUCUCGAAGAGGUACGCGGAGUCCCGAUGGUGCCUGAGGGAGCUGUCGAAGAUCAUGAGGUGCCGAGAAGUUCAAAAGGGGAAAAUAGUCUAUCCAAUAUUCUACAACGUUGACCCUUCUCAAGUCAGGAAACAGAAUGGUAGUUUUUCGAAAGCAUUUCAGAAGCACAAAAGGAAUGAAGAUCCAAAUGAAGUCAAGCAGUGGAGAAAGGAUCUUAAGGCUUCUGCAGAUUUGAGUGGCCGGAAUCUCAAAACCACUGCAGACGGGAUUGUUUAUCGAGAAAAUUAUUGGAGACAUCAAGGGACUACUGAAAAUCACAAACUCAAAAGAAGCCAAGCGCUCAAUUGGAAUAGCUUUUCAAGUGCAAGACUUCAAUACUCAACACUUAGAUGUUGGAGUUAGAUGUUGGAGGUUCACUUAAUGUUCAAAUAAUUGGAAUUUCUGGUAUGGAUGGUAUAGGCAAAACAACGUUUGCGAGAGCCAUUUGUAACAAAUAUCCGCAUAGUUUCAAUGGUCAAUGUUACCUUGAAGAGGUGAUGAGUAAAAAGAAAAAUAUGGGUGGUGUGCAAGAACAACUUCUUCGAGAUAUUUUGAAACAGCCUGACAUCAAGGUAAGCAGUGUUGUUGAAGGGACCAAGGAGAUAGAGAAAAGACUUGGAAGCAUGAAGGUACUUGUCCUAGUUGAUGACAUAGAUGAUGUGGACCAAUUAGAAGAAUUGGCGAUAGAACAUGAAUCGUUUGGUCCGGGCAGCAAGAUUAUUAUAACAACAAGAGAUGAAUAGGUGAUGAAUAUACAAAAGGUGGAUAAAAUGUUCACACCUUCCAAUCGUCCUCAUCGUCAAUAUUCACACCUUUCAACAAGAAUGGACAUCCACAUUUUUUUUUGUACAAGAACUCCUAGAUUGUUUUUUGUGUGUAACCAAUCUCAUUUGACCUUUGACCAUAUGCUAAAACACACUUGUAUGGCGGAUAUGUACCGUUUCUUUCACAAGCAAGUGUUAGUUGAGGGUGACUCACAAUCUUACCUUCACCUCCUAAAUCAGAUCUUAUAAUAACAAUUAUCAUAUUAUUCAGCUUUCCUUA